GGAAGCCGAAAUUGUUAACUAACAAAACUAACUUUAUCCAUUAUAGAAACCCCAUCCGAAGGGUCCUCUCCCAAAACCCCAAAAUGCAAACUCUCCAAACCCUUUCCCUCUUCACAACCUUCCUUCCUCUUCCUUCAAAACCCCUCCUUAAACCCCCAAUUGCCCACAAAUUCCAUUUCCCAAGCAAACCCUUCAAACCACAUCUUCCCCGUCCCCUUCUCCUGCCCUCCUACUCCUCCGACGAGUACCCGGUCGGAGAUGAUGAUGCAUUUCUCUCAUCAUUCGGCCCCAAGGAGAAAGAAUCUGAAGAGGAAGCUCGAAGGCGCAACUGGAUUGAAAGGGGAUGGGCGCCGUGGGAAGAGAUUCUCACUCCGGAAGCCGAUUUCGCCAGGAAGUCUCUCAAUGAAGGUGAAGAAGUGCCCCUUCAAUCGCCUGAAGCAAUUGAGGCUUUCAGAAUGCUGAGUCCCAAGUACCGGAAGGAGAAAAUUGCAGAAAUGGGGCUCACAGAAGAUGAGUAUUACGCAAAGCAGUUUGAGAUUAAAGGAGAAAUUCCCGAGCCGUUGGAGACUUUGUGGAGUGCGCCGUUGGUGUUAGGCCUGGUGCCUCCCAGGGAUUGGCCGCCGAGAGGGUGGGAGGUGGACAAGGAGGAAUUGGAGUUCAUUCGCGGUGCACAUAAGCUGCAUUCUGCUGUGAGAGUGGAUUAUGAGAAUUUGGAGGAAAAUGUGGAGAAGGGGACGAGGGCUGAGGAUAUGUGCUUGGAGAGGUAUAAGGUGUUCUUGAAACAAUAUCAUGAGUGGGUAGAUGCGAAUAGAGAUCAGCUGGAAGAGGAAUCCUAUAAGCAUGACCAAGAUUAUUAUCCUGGCAGGAGGAAAAGGGGAAAGGAUUAUAAAGAGGAAAUGUAUGAGCUUCCAUUCUAUUACCCAGGACAAAUAUGUGCAGGUAAAGUAACUGCUGUGCAUCUUUAUCAAGGAGCAUUUGUUGACAUUGGGGGCGUCCACGAUGGGUGGGUUCCUAUUAAGCGUAAUGACUGGUAUUGGAUCCGACAUCACAUCAAAGUUGGUAUGCACGUUUAUGUUGAAAUUUUGGCAAAACGAGAUCCUUAUCGCUUUCGAUUUCCUAUAGAGCUACGAUUUGUCAAUCCCAAUAUAGAUCACCUGAUCUUCAAUAGAUUUGAGUUUCCCCCAAUAUUUCACCGAGACGAGGAUACUAAUCCAGAUGAAUUGCGUCGUGAUUGUCGAAGACCUCCCGUUCCUAGAAAAGAUCCUGGAAUCAAAUGGGAAGAGGAACCUUUAUUAUCAAAUCACCCAUACGUUGAUAAGCUAUGGCAGAUACAUAAUGCUGAACAGAUGAUUUUGGAUGAUAUGGAGGCCAAUCCUAAUAAAUAUAAAGGCAAGAAAUUAACAGAAUUGACUGAUGAAGAAGAAGUUGAUGAAGAGAACAGUGUAGAGUAUGGAAAAGCCUAUUAUAAGAAAACUCUACUUCCGAAAAUGACUUUGAAAAUUAGCGUUAAAGAACUUGAAUUGGAAGCUGCACUUGCUGAACGUCAGCUCCACAGUAAGCUAAGGAAAGAAGCUGAAGGAAGAGGAGAGGCAUACAAAAUCACUAAGCUAAGGCGAAAUGAGGAAAUGGAUGAAUAUGAUCUUAUCCAUUGGCGCCGAUCCUUUGAAGAAAGAGAAGCUCUCCUCCGAGAUAUAAGCUGCCGCCAGGCACUUGGGCUUCCAUUAGAAGAGCCUGGUAGAUACGUAGACCCGAGCUUCUUUGGGAAGGACCAAUAUGACCCAGAUAGUCCCUUGUAUCGCUACGACUACUGGGGGGAGCCAAAGAAUUCUGAGAAGAGCAAGCAAGAACGCAUGACUGAUGCCCACAACAAAUCCAUCGUAGGAAAGGGCACCGUUUGGUAUGAAAUGUCGUAUGAAGAUGCCAUCAAGCAGCAAAUGGAGAGGGAAGCUCUUGGAAUCAAGCCUAAACAGUAUGAUGAAGAUGAUUCAGAAACGGAUGGAGAUGAAGACGAUGAUGAUGACGACUUUGAUUACAGCAUUCUGGGCUCUCCAAGUGCUAAUGUAUCCAACCAGCCUCAUGUUAAUGGCACCGAGUCUCCAAGAAUGUCUGAUGAAGGAAUGUUUGAGGAUUAGUUUAGAGCCACACUCCAUAUCAUGAGAAAGAAAUACCUUUUUGUAGGUGUACAGGAUGGGAUUAUAGAUAGUCUAUAGAGAACGCUAUUUCUUGAGCAUUCCCGUGUUUAUGCAUCUGACUUUUGCUUUGCAUUUACCUUGGAUGAAUAACUAUAUAAGAUGAAAGUGAAGUAAAUAAGUUUUCUUCUGGAUCAAA